AUGGCUGCAAUAAUAGAGGCGUCGCUUGCCGCAACAACCCUGUCCGCCAUCGCCCGCCCGCCACUCUCGUCCGGCUUCAUCCACGCGGAACGUACGGCGUCGCUGCCGUCCCUCACCACCGCGCUCCGCGCUAGCCGAUUCAGCAAACGCACCCAUGGCAUCGCCGUGCGUCCCGCUGCUUCCUCCACUUCCUCCUCCUCCUCCUCCUCGUCCCACCCUCAAAAGGCAUACUCGUACGCUUACUCCGAAGCCCCAACGGCCUCCUCUUCCCUGGGCUCGUCGCUGUACGAGGAAUCCACUUCGGACUUGUCGGACGAAGACUCGUCCGAAGAGGGCUCGCGCAAGGACUUGAUGCACGAGGCGGUGCGGCGCCUCGCGGACACGGACGUGGCGGAAGCCGCCGCGAAGUACGGGCUGGAGGACGAGCUGUUCGGAGAGAUCGACUUCGCAAGGAUCAGCUCCUUCACCAAGGAUCCGUUCGGCGGCAAUCCCGCGGCGGUGUGCUAUCUGCCGUACCACCCGUCCGACGAGUGGCUUCAGAAGGUCGCGGCGGAGUUCAACCUCUCCGAAACCGCCUUCCUCGUGCGCCGCCGCGCCAGCUCCCCGCCGCCCCCGCCCGGGCUGGACGACGAGUGGCCCGGGUCCGCGCGGCAGUCGCUCGUAGCUGCGGACGAGAAGGGCGCGCUGCGGUCUGUUAAGGUGGCGCCGCCCGUGAACGAGUUCGACUUGCGCUGGUUCACCCCCACGGUCGAGGUUCGUCUGUGCGGGCACGCGACGCUAGCGGCGGCGCAUCUGCUCUUCUCGUCGGGCCUCGUCGACUCCGAUGAGGUCGUCUUCCACACGCGCUCCGGCCGCCUCGCCGCGCGCCUCGUCCCCGAGCACGAGGCGCAUCUCGGCGGGCGGGACCGGAAGCCGCACUCGAACCGCCGGCACAAGCGGCACGAGUGGGAGGAGGAGGAGGGCGAGCGGCUCGGCGUGGGCGGGCGGCGGCGGCCGAGCGGAAAGGCGAUCGUGGAGCUAGACAUGCCGCUGGCGGCGGCGGCGGCGCUUCCGCUGGACGAGUGGGCGGCGGUGGAGGAGGCGAUCGGCGUGCCGGCGGGGACGGCGCUGUUCGUGGGGCGCAGCAAGCUGCAUGAUAUCAUGGUGCACGUGCCCCAGACGACGACGGUACUGGAGCUGGAUCCGCCUCUCAAGAAGAUCGCCGUGCUGCCGUGCCGCGGCGUGAUCGUGACGGCGGCCGCCAGCCACGUGGACGCGGACAUCAAGGCGGCGGGCGGUAGGGCGGCGGCGCUGGACCCCAACAUCGACUUCGUGUCGCGCUACUUCGCCCCGCAGUCUGGCAUUGACGAGGACCCGGUGACGGGCAGCUCAUUCUGCACGCUUGGCCCGUACUGGUCGGAGGUGCUCGGGCACAAGCAGCUGCUGGGCUACCAGGCGUCUACCAGGGGAGGCAUGGUGGCAGUGCGGGUGGACGAGGCGCACGGGAGGGCGUUCCUGCAGGGGUGGGCGGUGCUGGUGAUGGCGGGUGUGGUCAUGAACACCGCCUCCCCCGCCAUCACGCACCCCGCCACCUCGUAA